GUAAACAAGCAAAUUUUUCGUUGAGGUAAAAAUAGGCAAUGACGACAAUUCAGGAAAGAGCCGCGUCCUUAAAUCUCAAGGGGAAGCUGUACAGUCCUAUGCAUCUUCCUCGAGACUCAAAAAUGGGCAACACCGAGCAAACACUGUUUCCAUGGAGCAGUAUUAUAUCCCAGCUGCAAGAACAAGUUCAAGUGGAGCGACGGUGGCAUCGUCUCCGAGCCUACAAAAAAUGCUUUGUAGGUUCUGAUGCUGUGGAUGUCAUUCAGACUCACUUCCAGAAGAAUUAUUUGGAGGGCCUUGACUUCCCUCGAUCUAAGGCAGUGCGUGUUUGCCAAGCUCUCAUGGACUGUGAGGUGAUUGAAGCAGCGUUUGACAAGGACAAAAAAAGUAACCGUUUCCAAGAUGCCAAAUGCAGCCUCUACAGAUUUGUGAGCACUGAGAAUGCUGUACUGAACAAGCUUGAAAAUACAGUAAUUUCCCCCUUUACUAAAAAGAGUUUUGAUUUUCCUGACAAAGGAGAGAUGGAAGUUCUUUCUCAUAGCACACCUAUGAGGCCAAUCACCACUCAAGGAGACCGUAUUAAAAAGGCCACAUUAAGGUCAAGCAGCCCACAAGCCACAACGAAUGCUUUGCCACACUCAUUGGUCAGUGAGGUGUGGCAGGAGCAGACAGUGCUGCGUCUAAUGCAGAUUAUAGAGCUUCCCUUCCUUGAGAACCUGCUGGAGGCCAAAGAUAAAUCCUUGCAGCGAUCUUACAGUGUGGAUGAUGACCUAGAGGCACUGCACAACAGCAGCAACCUUGACUGGGAGAUUCUAAAGUCCUUUAGGGACUCUCAGACUGAUGAGUGGCUGUCAGCAGCACUAGAUUCAAUGGAGUUCUUGCCAAACCAGCUGGUGGUGAAGGUGAGCCGUGAACUCCCUGUAACAUAUGAGUUGAACAAGAGUGUUAACACAGAGCAGUGCAAACUUCUGCUUUUUGAUACUCUUGGCAAACAUUAUGGCCAACCUGACUGCUCUCCCCUACUUGGUGACUACAUGGGAGACGUCUGCACAGUUCUCAUAGAACAUCUCGAGAAUGGGAAUCUCAAACUGGCUCUUGAGGUCAUUCAACUUGGUUUGAAGCUCCUGCCUGUGGAAAGACGGGAUCAGCUCCAAAAAUUACUUUCUUUCAUGGCUUUGGCUGCUGACCCACAAGCCAUGAAGUUGCAUAAGGAGUUGGAGAACAGAAUUAUUGUGAAAAGGACAUUUUCCAAGGCAAUCGUUAACUACAGAUGUCUGUCAAAAGAUAAGGCUGAACUCUUGGUCCUCUUCAUUAUGGACAACCGUGAUCUAGUUUUCCAGAUCCCAGGAUAUUUGCACAAGCUGGUUAGUGAAAAACUAGCUAGUAUUCAACAAGGGAAGGUUACAGACACCUUUUCAGGCCCGAACUUCUGCCUUGGUAAUCCAGAACCUGUUCAGCAAUCAACAAAUUUUGAGUUACUUCAGUUGCUCAGGACCAUUGACGAGGACCCAAAGUAUACACAAAAAGAUAGAAAGCGCAUGUUUGCCAAAUUUUAUCAAGGUCACCCAGAGAUUUUUGCUGAAUAUUUUGGGCCAAGAAUGUCUAGCAUAAUCAGCGUCCUAUAGAUGUAAGUGUCUUGUGAUGAGGGCUUUGGCAGUUGUAUGGAAAUUACUUAAUAUGAAGCAUAAUAAAAAUGUGUUUUAAUGUA